UCUAUAAAAAACACUUGUCUCCUCCGCCUCCCACCUUCUCUCUUCUGUACUCGCUUUCGCAGCUCCUCUUCCCCGCCUCCUCCGUUGACCGCCACCGUUGACCUCCCCGCCGGCGAGGUCUCCCUCGCCGGAAACCCCCCCGCCUCCCACCUUGUCUUCGCGGCGGCGUUCUCCCGUCAUCUGAUCGGCCGGCGCCUUUGGUCUCCGCCUGCUUCCGGGGGCUACUCGAUUCGUCUCCUCUCGAUCCCGCUACGGCUCCUCUGCUUGCUCGCCAUGGCGAUCCGAAUCACGGUGUCCUACUCCGGCUACGUGGCGCAGAGCCUCGCCGCGUCGCUCGGCCUGCGCUGCUCCUCCGCCUCCACGGCGGCGGGCUGCCGCUUCUUCCAGGACGGCGGGUGGCGCCCCUUCUGCAUGCUCACCUCCUCCUCCCGCGGCCACGCCGAGCACCACCGGAACGGCGGCGGCGGCGGCGAACACCGCCGUGAAGCCGGGGAGGGCGACCGCCCGAAGGCCCUGCCGCUCUCCGCCGCCGCCGGGGGCCACUCGCUGUUCCUCUCGCCGGCGUACGCUUCGUCCAGGGCGCAGCCGCCUUCGCUGGCCGUGGGUUUGCUGUCGGUGCUCGCGCAGGGGGCGACGGGGUCGAAGGGUGGGAUCUACGGCGCCGCGUCUCUGUCGGGCUCGUCGUCGUCGAUCUCUCUCGGGUUCAACCCUGCCUCCUUCCUCCCUUUCCUGCAGACCUCGAAGUGGCUCCCCUGCAGCGACCUUGCCACCUCCUCGUCUGCGCCGCCGUCUUCUCCUUCUCCUUCUCCUCCUCCUCCCGCACCGGCGCCUUCGAUUCGUCCCAAGAAGGCGUUGGUGAGUAGUGCUUCCAGCUCCCCGGCGAUUGCGAGGAGCAGUGGUGGUAGUGGUGCCGCGAUGAGCAGGAGCAACUGGUUGUCGAGGUGGAUGAGCUCCUGCUCCGACGACACCAAGACGGCCUUCGCAGCGGUGACUGUGCCUCUGCUCUACAGCUCGUCGCUGGCCGAGCCGAGGUCCAUCCCGUCCAAGUCCAUGUACCCGACCUUCGAUGUUGGUGACCGGAUUCUCGCCGAGAAGGUCUCGUACAUAUUCCGGGAGCCGGAAAUCUUGGACAUUGUGAUCUUCCGUGCACCACCAGCUCUUCAGGAUUGGGGCUACAGCUCGGGUGAUGUUUUCAUCAAGAGAGUUGUGGCCAAGGCAGGCGACUAUGUCGAAGUUCGUGAUGGCAAGUUGAUUGUCAACGGAGUAGUCCAGGAUGAGGAAUUUGUGUUGGAGCCUCACAAUUACGAGAUGGAACCCAUGCUUGUUCCAGAAGGUUAUGUGUUUGUGCUGGGAGACAACCGUAACAACAGCUUCGAUUCCCAUAACUGGGGGCCUCUUCCUGUGAGGAACAUUAUUGGAAGAUCUGUGUUUCGGUACUGGCCUCCAUCAAGAAUAACAGAUACAAUAUACGAGCCUCGCGCUGAAUAUUCUGUGGCUGGGUUGUCGUGAGGUGUAUCCAGACCUUCUGGCCAUGCUGGAUAGCCGAUGUGUCAUACUCUUUUGUGGAGCUCCACUUAUGAGCCGAGCUCCAGUUCACAGCUCUCACUGUUGUUUAUAGAGUGUUUGUAAAUUCACUUUGGCUGACCAAUUUGUUUUUUCAACUGCCUGUUUGGCAGAUCUUUGUUAUAUUAUAGCAUGCAAAGCUAAAAGAGACUCCUAUCUGUACAGAGCAAACUGCUGAAGGAGCAUUUCUGCUUCAGAGCUGAGCAAUUAUUUUGUUCUGUUUCCAGCAUAAGAGGAGAUACUCUGUUGUACUUGGAAUCAUGAAAAUGAAUCAUAUAAAAGCAAUUUUUGAAGAUCUA